CGUUUUCUUAUCACGUGGCACCACCCAGCAUAGGCUGAAUGAGAGGGGUGCGGGCUCCUGCAAUCCUGCUCGGCGGAGGGGCCGCUCUGCUCCUGUCGCUUCUUUGGAUGCCGGCGCUGCUGCCUGUGGCCUCCCGCCUUCUGUUGCUACCCCGAGCCCUGCAGUCCAUGGCUUCAGGAAGCCCCCCGACCCAGCCCUCGCUGGCCUCAGACUCCGGUUAUGUUCCUGGCUCAGUCUCUGCAGCCUUUGUCACCUGCCCCAAUGAGAAGGUCGCCAAGGAGAUCGCCAGGGCUGUGGUGGAGAAACGCCUGGCAGCCUGCGUCAACCUCAUCCCUCAGAUUACAUCCAUCUAUGAGUGGAAAGGAAAGAUUGAGGAGGACAGUGAGGUGCUGAUGAUGAUUAAAACCCAAAGCUCCUUGGUUUCAGCUCUGACAGAUUUUGUUCGCUCUGUGCACCCUUACGAAGUGGCUGAGGUGAUUUCAUUGCCUGUGGAGCAGGGAAACUCCCCAUACCUGCAUUGGGUGCGCCAGGUUACAGAGUCAGUUUCUGACUCCCGCACAGUCCCACCUUGAUGAGCCCUGUUCCUGACAUAUUCCCCUUAUACUUCAAUGCCCUCUGACUUCCAGAGGAUAACUGGGCCCCUAAUAAAUACUAUCUUUGGGUC